AUGGCGGGGAAGGAGUGGACGAGACAACAAGAAGAGAUGUUGGAGCUGUGGCAGCAACAUGACUGCCUUGUUCACGUCGCGGGAGAUGUUUACCGCGACAGAGAGGAGAACCAUAAAAGGUUGUGCGAGAUCACUGAUGCCCUUCAACUACCUGAGGACAGAGAUCAGCUGGAGGACACAGUGGCACCACAUUCCCCAGACAGCGAAGAUGAUGUGGACGAUGAGACAUCAGAGAUGUCCGUCUCAACUCUUGAUGUAGAAGAUACUGACUCUGCUACCAUUCCCUCCACUAGAAGAGAGACCACUGCAGCAAAAAGGCCUCUGAAGUGUAAGGCAAUGGAGUCCACCAUUGAGUUCCAGAAGAUGGCUUAUCUGAAGCAGAUGUCUGCCAUUUCCCCCAAAGCCAUCUCUCCACAGGCUCCCGGCAUGAUCCUGUGUUCUGCGUCUUCGCAGUCAGCCAAGUCAGCAGAAGUAAAAUGCCCUUUUCGUAUUGUCUGGGCCUAUAGCAUAUGCUCCAACAACAACAGCCUGGUGCCAGAGCCCACUCCCACUAAACUCAGUACCAGCCCACCCCACCACCACCUCCACCCCGCCAACCCCACUCUGCCCCCCUCCUCAAUAUCUUCUGGCAAUGGCAAGCGUGCCUCUUCCAGUGCCCAGCUCCCAACUCCAGCUCCCCUCCAGCAGCAGCAGUGCCCGUUGUCCUCUGCCAGCACUCGCUACCCACCCCGGGAGGUGCCACCACGCUUCCGCCAGCAGGAGCACAAGCAGCUACUGAAGAGAGGCCAGCCACUGCCUGCAGGAGCUUUUAAUGCGCUCACCUUCUCUGCCUCUUCCUCUUUGCCCUCAUCUUCCUACUCUUCUUCUUCUCCGACCACGACCAGCAGCACCCCACCCAACUGUCCCACAUCCUCAGAGGGCAAACACCAUCCAGAAGCAUCCCCCCAGAGUGGCCCUGGGGCCCAGUAUGAGACCUCCCACUGGGGAGCCUGCUUUCCAGUUGACACCCUUUCCAGCACCAACAGUUGGGACAAAGUGAUCGUUGAGGGCAGCGACACCGAAGCUUGGCCCUCUGUCAGCUGCCCCGCAGCAUCAGCAUGCCCCUCAGGCUUUGCUAAAUCCAACCCAGACACUGCCACUAGCACCACCACCAGUAGUAGUAGCAGUAGUAAUAGUAGUAGUAGUAGUAGUAGUAGUAAUAGUAGUAGUUGUAUGAGUAUGGCCACGGGGGCUGCAGGCCAGCAGGCCCACUACUCUUCUCUGAAAGCUAAUGCUAACAUGAUGACAGUCCCUGGGGCAACCAACACCAUAGGUGGCAGUAGAGGCUGGGGUUCUGAUAAACAGGACAAUAUGAAUGGUGGUCGAGUUGGCGCUCCCAAUAGCUGGGGUUCUCCCAACUUCAACUUGAAUCUCAACCCCAAUGCCAACCCAUCUGCCUGGCCUGUUUUGGGCCAAGAGGCUGGUGGGGGUGGCUGCAUAGGACUUAAUGGGGUAUCCAACCGUGCAUCCCUCCCACCAGGAAUGAAUAGCAAUGGAAACAUGGGAAAUGGGAGCCUGGGGGGAGGAGGGGAUUCAAAUGGAGGAGGUUGGGGUGGUAUGAUGAGUCCCGACGAGAGUGAUCAGCAGCAUUCAUCUAACUCCAAUGUGUCCUUCAGCAUGGAGCCUGCUAAUCUGAACAGUGAUGGGCCAAACCACACUAAGCAGCAGCUGCAGCAAGCUCAGGAGCCCAUGAACCCCAACAAUGGGCUGCCCGGCUGGGGCAGCCAGUCACCUACUAAGUCCUCCCAGCUCAAUGGAGACACAACAGGCAGCUCUGUAUGGGGGAGUGGAGACACUAAGGCAGCUGACUCCCCUAAGGACUCAGGCUGGAACUCAAGUCCAACCAGAGGCCUUUCCACCUGGGGCCGUCAAGGCAGUGGAACUGGGAGUAGUGGAAAUGGAGGCUGGAGUGAGUGGGGCAAAUCCACUAGUGGUGGAGAAGAUUCUAAAGGCUGGGAGUCUGCAGAAGCCAGCAAUUCUAGUUUGGGCAAGGAGCUGCAACUUGGCUCCUGGGGCCAGCAGCCUGGAAAGGCCCCGGCCAGUGAAGGCAGUGGGGACAGCAAUGAGGGCCGAUCCUGCCACAGAGACAGGUUGUCCAGCGCAGAUGUCCCCCCUCUGCUACCCCGCCAGGACCUGGAUCCCAGGGUGCUGUGUAACUCGGGCUGGGGUCAGACACCCGUCCGUCAGCACACUGCCUGGGAAAUGGAGGAAGCACGCUCUGAUGGUGGGAAGAGCGAGAGCAGCUCUGAUAACUGGAGAGGCUCAAGCUCCAGUGCAGGAGCCUCAUCUGCUAAUGGAGGCACCAUCAAUGCUAACAUGGGCCACAGCCAAAGGCCUGGCUCUGGUGGAUCAGCAACUUCUGGCUGGGGAGCCCCUCCAGCCCAGUCAAUCCAGGCUGGAUCAGGUUGGGGGGACCCCCCACAGCAGCUGAACAAAGCUCCCAAUGUCACCACCAGUGGCUGGGGCGAAACCAUGUCUACCAAUGGCCCCAAAAGUGGAGGCCCGUCAUCCUGGGGCUCCGAGGACAAGUCACCCAGCUGGGAUGACAGCGUCACUAAGAGUCAGAGUACUAACUGGGGAGAGGGGCCCAAGAGCUCCCAUGGUUGGGGAAACAGCAGCGCAGGCUCCAACAGCUCUAGUGCAGGAGACUGGGUAGAGACUGAAGUUAAAAAGAAUGGCUCCUCUAACAGCAUGUGGGAGGGAGAAGGAGGUAAUGGAGGAGGCAACGGAUGGAGGGAUAGCCCCAGAGCAGGAAAUGGAGGAGGAGGGUGGGGGAAAACUCCCCCUGCUGUGAGUGGUAAUGGCUGGGGUGAGACCCCGCGUGCCAAUGGCCCAGCGCAGGGAGGCUGGGGCUCCUCUAAACCCCAGGAAAGCAGCAGUAGCAGCAGCACUGGCAGUGGAGGAGGAGGCAGCAUGGGGUCCUGGGGUGGUCCUAGUUCUGUGAAGCAGAACACUGCCAGCUGGAGUAGUGUCAGUAAACAGGACCAGAGUGUGGAACCCACUGGUUGGGAAGAGCCCUCCCCUCCAUCCAUCCGCAGGAAGAUGGAGAUUGAUGAUGGCACAUCUACCUGGGGUGACCCCAGUACCUACAACAAGACCGUCAACAUGUGGGACCGCAACAACCCCAGCUGUAACCAAAGCAACAGCCUCCCCCCACCCAAUAAGAAUGGUGGAAUGGUGAUGUCCAGCAACAACAACAGCAAUCACUCUGUCGGCCCCAGCAACAACAAUCACCACCACCCUCACCACAUGCACCACCACCCACAUCAUGGCCAGCCCUCAGCUCACCCACAGCACCAUGCCAACAACAAUGGGUCACCCAACACCACCACACCACUCCAGGGUGGGGGCCCGCAGGGUAGAGCCCCACUUGCCAACCCAGGUUGGGGAGAGCUUCCUAAUGUUCAGUCCAAGUCAGAGCCUGCUUGGGGAGAGCCAGCAGCCCCGUCGUCAGCGGUGGACAAUGGCACUUCUGCUUGGGGCAAGCCACCUGGGAGUAUGGGAGGAUGGGGAGAUGGUAGCCAUGAGCCCUCUGGACCCUUCAGUAGGUCCAAUGGAGUGUCAGGCUCUGCACCCAAUAAGCAAGGCCCAAAACCUAUGCAAGAUGGUUGGGGAGGUGGAGGAGAGGAGAUGGGCAUGACAACCAGUCAAUGGGAUACUGAGGAUGGGGACAUGUGGAACAGCCCCACCUCUCAGGACAGCAGCUCCUCCUGCAAUUCCUGGGGCAAUGGACCCAAAAAGGUCCCAAGCAAGGCGAAGAUGGGCAACAAGCCAGACGAGGCCUGGAUCAUGAACCGUCUCAUCAAACAGCUUACUGACAUGGGCUUCCCAAGAGACCCUGCUGAGGAGGCUCUGAAGAGCAGCAACAUGAACCUGGACCAGGCCAUGAGUGCUCUGUUGGAGAAGAAGACAGAGCUGGACAAGCGGGGCAUGGGCAUGACUGAUUACAGCAAUGGCAUGAACAAAACCCUGCUGUGCCGCCCCCCUGUCCUGUCCAAGGACCCUUCUGACCGUAGCCCCUUCCUUGACAAGGAUGGUGUUUUGGUGGAUGAUACCCCCCCAUCACCGUUUCUGCCUUCCCCCAGCCUGAAGCUCCCCCUGGCCAACAGCAGCCUGCCUGGGCAGGGUCUGGGACAGGGCAAUCCGGGGCUGGCCAUGCAAAACUUGAACAACAGACAGAUGCCCAGUGGAAUGUUUGGCAGUAGCGGAGCAGCACAAGCCCGGGCCAUGCAGCAGCAGCAGGCGCCUCCUCAGCCACCAGUGCCACCUCUCAGCUCCUCCCAGCCUAGUCUACGUGCUCAAGUGCCUCAGUUUCUCUCCCCUCAGGUUCAAGCACAGCUCUUGCAGUUUGCAGCAAAAAACAUUGGUCUGAACCCUGCACUUUUAACCUCACCAAUAAACCCUCAGCAAAUGACCCUGUUGUACCAACUUCAGCAGCUGCAAAUGGCGUACCAGCGUUUACAAAUCCAGCAGCAGAUGAUGCAGGCACAGCGCAAUGUUUCCGGCCCUAUCAGACAACAAGAGCAGCAAGUUGCACGUACAAUCACCAACAUGCAGCAGCAGAUCCAGCAGCACCAGAGACAGCUGUACCAGGCACUGCUGAUGAAGCAGCAGCAGCCUCCCUCACACUCCUCUUCCUCCUCCGCCGGCCUGCAUCCCCCUGGUAGCACCACUGGUGGCCCUGGCCCCUGUAAAUCAGCCCUGGACCCUUUCCCAGGCCCACACCAGGCCCCAGGCCUCUCUGACACACUGCACACCAAAGAGUCACCAUCCUCACCCAAUGCCUACAGCACCUACCCUCUCUCUGGACUGAAUCCAAACAUGAAUGUAAACUGCAUGGAUGUUGGGGGCCUGUCCCUGAAAGAGCACCCCCAGCCCCAAUCCCGUUUGUCCCAGUGGACACACCCCAACACCAUCGACAACCUCUCUGGAAACUCCACACACAUGGAGAACAACCUCAAUAAGCAUGGUGCCAUAUCUGCUGCCUCCACCCUGGGGCCCCCUGGAAAGCCCCCCCAGCUGGAGGACUCGUACAGCCCCUACAAUCUGAUGUCCAGCUCUGAGUCCCCCAGCAGCCCCUUGGUACCCCCAGACAGCUGGGGCCAGAGCAAGACCCCCAACGAAAAGCUCUCCAAUGGAACAAACAUCAACUGGCCCCCAGAGUUCUGCCCAGGUGUGCCAUGGAAGGGACUUCAGAACAUCGACCCUGAAAAUGACCCCAACAUGACCCCUGGCAGCGUCCCCAGUGGGCCUACGAUCAAUACAAACAUCCACGACGUGAACCGAUACUUGCUGAGGGACAGGAGCGGAGGUAAACUGUCAGAGAUAAAGUCCACCUGGUCUCAGGGGCCCAUCUCCCACAGCCAGGCCUCUCUGUCCCAUGAGCUCUGGAAGGUCCCCCAAGGGCCCCGCAGCACCACAGCCCCCUCCCGCCCCCCGCCUGGCCUCACCAACACUAAGCCCUCUUCCACCUGGGGGGGCAACUCGCUUGGCCUGGCCCAAGGCUGGAGCAGUUCGUACUCUUCUGAGGGCACAACCUGGAGUACAGACAGCUCCAACAGGACCAGCAGCUGGCUGGUGCUAAGGAAUCUCACACCACAGAUUGACGGCUCGACUCUGCGGACCCUGUGCAUGCAGCAUGGCCCCCUCAUUACAUUCCACCUCAACCUGACCCAGGGCAACGCUGUUGUGCGCUACAGCUCUAAGGAUGAAGCUGCCAAGGCCCAAAAGUCCCUGCACAUGUGUGUGCUUGGAAACACCACCAUCCUGGCAGAGUUUGCCGGCGAGGAGGAGGUAAACCGCUUCUUUGCACAAGGCCAGUCACUAGGGGCCACCACCACUAGUUGGCAGGCCAACCCGGGAACCAAUCAAACCCGGAUGGGCGGGGCCACACAGUCCCACCCUAUUGGCCAGUGGAGCAGCAACAGCGGCGGCGGGGGAGGAUCAAAGAGCAGCGGAGGUGACCUGUUGUGGGGGGGUAUACCCCAGUACUCCAGUCUUUGGGGACCCCCAAGUGGAGAGGACGCCCGUGUGAUCGGGAGCCCCACCCCCAUCAACACCCUGCUCCCCGGAGAUUUGCUGAGUGGAGAGUCCAUGUAG